GAAGCCUCAUUCCAGCCAUCCCUUUGCCUGCGAUGAGAGCCUCCUGCCGCCUCAGCCACAGUCCCUCUGGGGGGCCUUGGGCCCAGGACAUGCGGUGAUCUCAGAGCAAGGGCAGGUACCACCACCCAGAUCUCACCAGCCAUGAAUGACCGCCCCAAGGAGAUGGUGCCCCUCAUGGGCAGAAAAGCCACCGUCCCCAGUGGGAACGCUGCCAUUCUGCAGGAGAAGAGGCCAGCGGAGAUUACCCCCACUAAGAAGAGCGCAUACUUCUUCUUGGAGAUAGAAGGGUUCGAGCCCAAUCCCACUGUCGCCAAGACCUCUCCCCCUAUCUUCUCCAAGCCCAUGGACUCCAAUAUCCGGCAGUGCCUCUCUGGCAAUUGUGAUGAUAUGGACUCCCCACAAUCUCCUCAGGAUGACAUGGCAGAGACUCCAUCCAAUCCGAACAGUCCCAGUGCAAACCUGGCCAAAGAAGAACAGAGGCGAAAAAAGAAGCGGCUGAAGAAAUGCAUCUUUGCGGCGGUGUCGGAGGGCUGCGUGCAGGAGCUGCUGGAUCUGCUAGUGGAGCUGCAGGAGCUUUGCAAGCGGCGCCGAGGCCUGGACGUGCCUGACUUCCUUAUGCACAAGCUGACGGCCUCGGACACUGGCAAGACCUGUCUGAUGAAGGCCUUGUUAAACAUCAACCCCAACACCAAGGCGAUUGUGCGGAUCCUGCUCGCCUUCGCGGAGGAGAAUGACAUCCUGGACAGGUUCAUCAACGCCGAGUACACGGAGGAGGCCUACGAAGGGCAGACGGCACUGAACAUCGCCAUCGAACGUCGGCAGGGCGACAUCACCGCGCUGCUCAUCGCAGCUGGCGCCGACGUCAACGCCCACGCCAAGGGGGUCUUCUUCAACCCCAAGUAUCAGCACGAAGGCUUCUACUUCGGUGAGACACCCCUGGCCCUGGCAGCAUGCACCAACCAGCCAGAGAUUGUGCAGCUGCUGAUGGAGAAUGAGCAGACAGACAUCACCUCGCAGGACUCACGGGGCAACAACAUCCUACACGCGCUGGUGACGGUGGCCGAGGACUUCAAGAAGCAGAAUGACUUCGUGAAGCGCAUGUAUGACAUGAUCCUGCUGAGGAGUGGCAACUGGGAGCUGGAGACCAUGCGCAACAACGACGGCCUCACGCCGCUGCAGCUGGCUGCCAAGAUGGGCAAGGCCGAGAUCCUGAAGUACAUCCUCAGUCGUGAGAUAAAGGAGAAACCGCUCCGGAGCCUGUCCAGGAAGUUCACCGACUGGGCAUAUGGGCCUGUGUCGUCCUCCCUAUAUGACCUCACCAAUGUGGACACUAUGACCGACAACUCAGUGCUCGAAAUCAUUGUCUACAACACCAACAUUGAUAACCGGCACGAGAUGCUCACCCUGGAGCCCCUUCACACGCUGCUGCGUGAGAAGUGGAAGAAGUUUGCCAAGUACAUGUUCUUCCUGUCUUUCUGCUUCUAUUUCUUCUACAACAUCACCCUGACUCUCGUCUCUUACUACCGACCCCGGGAAGAGGAGGCUCUCCCACACCCCUUGGCCCUGACACACAAUAUGGGGUGGCUGCAGCUCUUAGGAAGGAUGUUCGUACUCAUCUGGGCCACGUGCAUUUCUGUGAAAGAGGGCAUCGCGAUCUUCCUGCUGAGACCCUCAGAUCUGCAGUCCAUACUCUCAGAUGCCUGGUUUCACUUCGUAUUUUUUAUCCAAGCUGUGCUUGUGAUACUCUCUGUCUUCUUGUACUUGUUUGCCUACAAAGAGUACCUCGCCUGCCUCGUGCUGGCCAUGGCCCUGGGCUGGGCGAACAUGCUCUACUACACACGGGGGUUCCAGUCCAUGGGCAUGUACAGCGUCAUGAUCCAGAAGGUCAUUUUGCAUGAUGUUCUGAAGUUCUUGUUUGUAUAUAUCGUCUUCUUACUUGGAUUCGGAGUAGCCCUGGCCUCGCUGAUUGAGAAGUGUUCCAAUGACAACAAGGACUGCAGCUCCUAUGGCAGCUUCAGUGAUGCUGUACUGGAACUCUUCAAACUCACCAUAGGCCUGGGCGACCUGAACAUCCAGCAGAACUCCAAGUACCCCAUCCUCUUUCUGUUCCUGCUCAUCACCUACGUCAUCCUCACCUUCGUCCUCCUCCUCAACAUGCUCAUUGCGCUCAUGGGAGAGACCGUGGAGAAGAUCUCCAAGGAGAGUGAGCGCAUCUGGCGCCUACAGAGAGCCAGAACAAUCUUGGAGUUUGAGAAAAUGUUGCCAGAAUGGCUGAGGAGCAGAUUCCGGAUGGGGGAGCUGUGUAAAGUAGCAGAGGAAGAUUUCCGGCUGUGUCUGCGGAUCAAUGAGGUGAAAUGGACGGAAUGGAAAACUCACGUCUCCUUCCUCAAUGAAGAUCCAGGGCCCGUGAGACGGACAGAUUUCAACAAAGUCCAAGAUUCUUCCAGGAGCAACAGCAAAAACACCCUCAACGCAUUUGAAGAAAUAGAUGAAUUUCCGGAAACUUCGGUGUAGAAGCAGAAUCCAGAGCUGGUGUGAGCAUGGGCCACCUAAAGCUGCAGGACAGGUCCUGGACUUUGUGCAGAAGGAUUUGCAGAUUGCUGGAGCCUGCCUCUGCCUGCCUUGAAGCAGAAAGCAUCCUCAUGCUGAGCAGUGGCUGAACUGAGAAGCAGUUGUUAGUUUGUCUGAGUGGGAAACACUCCGGCGAAGAGUUUGUGUAAACCUCUGGCCAGCAGUCCUGAGCCUGGGAUCCAGAAGUCCCGGGUGAAGUCCCUGGUUUACCCACUGCAGAUCAGCUUGGCUGGGAGAGGAGUGGUAGGGAAGGGCCCAGGGCCCGAGGAGCAGACUUCCUUCCUGCCAACGCUUCCUUGAUAACCUUCAGCCCCAGCCCACAUGUUCCACUGUCUCCCUUACUGUGGCUGGAUUUCCUGAAUUUAUCCCAUCCCAGCACAUACCGGGGACUGGGCUAAGUCCGAGAUCCUGGGGGAAGAGAUAAGUGAGUUCUAGAAAUGCCCUUCCGGAACCUUCAAGGAACAGGAAACUACCCUUGGAAUGAGUAUUCCUUGGCAACCCAAGGCUCAAACUGUCUCAAAGUGAGAGACGUUUUUAGUAGUGUCAUUAACACGGGGUUUUAUUUUCAAUAGAGAAAAGACAUUUCAGUUUUAAAUGAAAAUUACUUCAGAUGAAAUAUAUGAUUUUAAAACUUGAAAAACAGAUUUUAGGAUUUGAGACUGGAUGUUAGUAGUAUGAACGUGGCCUCAGGGUGGCCAAAGCAAAGACAAAAAGCUUUUCUUUACACAACAAAGUCCACAUGGGGCGUGCCAAGCAGGGCCUGUGUAAGUCGCUGUAAUCUGGGUGAAAGUGCUUGGCCCUUUUCCUUAUACUGGCCCUGCAAUCGUACAUGUCUCCAAGCCAGCACUGUGGCUUCAUCUGAAACAGAAAUAGCAGCUGCUCUAUUUAUAUGGUCUUAAAUCUCAGAGGUUACUAUUCUAUAUCAGUAUUUCUCAUUGCAGGAAUUGAACACAAUACCUGGAAUGCUCUGGUAUUAAAUAUUUUUGUUAACUGUGAAUUUGGAAGCAGAGGAAAAGGUAUAUGAGAAAGGAACACUUGCCAAAACGUGGGGCUUGUGUUUAGAUCCUCAUCCUCUGAUUUUUCUCCCCCUGAAAUUUUACAGAGUCAGUUCUAGGGGCAGAGGUGAAGUGGAGAUGGAAGAAAUGUCCCAGAUUACUGGAGCCUAAACAACCAGAAAAUUCACUCUGCCUCAGUUAUCUGGUAAAAGGAUUCGUGUGAGAUUUUUUAAGGUGGAAUCAUGAAGAUGUUAACCAUAAAUUUUAAUUUUAAAUAGCACAAAAAUAAAUUUGGCCUUUAGACACUUGGCAAUUGGCUACUUAAUUUGACUUGAGGCAAAAUGAAAUGUGCCGGCCAAACAGUCAUGCUGGCCCCGGUUCUCUGCUUUGUGCUGUUCUGUGGACCAGCUUACCUGGGUGGGUAGAAACUUGGCCUUCAUGUCCUUGAUGGGCUGGGUCAGGGAGAGAUGGGAUGGGUCAAGGAAGCAGCCUGAGAAGUGCACAAUCCGUAGCAGCCCUUGCACUCCCAGCUGACUCAGGAGCCAACCAGGGCUUCAAGCGGCAGUGGUUAGACCAAGCUGAGGUAUGAGCAGGGGUAUAGGGACCAGGCAUGUCCUCUGGAAAAGGGAAGAUUUUGGGGGAAGGGGUGGAUUG